CUCGGACAGAAGAGGAAGAAGACGAACCGAAGCAGAUAUAAACAUCGUUCAAAAUGAUUGGAGAUCUAUUAAUAUUUGGCACUCUGCUAAUGAACGCCGGCGCUGUGCUCAACUUUAAACUAAAGAAGAGAGAGGCGCAGUCUCAAGGGUUUGGAGAUGAACAUCGAGCAUCCAGCACAGGUGAAAAUAUCAGAGAGUUUCUCCUGAGUCUUCGGUACUUUCGCAUAUUUAUCGCACUAUGGAACAUUUUCAUCAUGUUUUGCAUGAUCUUGUUAUUUGGAUCAUAACCCAGAUGUUCAACUGAGGAUCACUACAAGGACUAAGUUAUUGCAGCGUGGUGUUGGGCUGAUUUAAUGUAAACUUUGUGCAUUAUGUUUUGAAGUAUUGUUAUGUAUUAACCUUUUGUAUUUAUAAAAAAAAAAAAAAAAAAAAAAACACAUGGGUACCAUUUUAUGGUUAUGUAAAUUGAGAGUCUUCAAAGCAAAGCUGCUCACCGUGAUCUGUGAUCCGUUAAUGGCUUUUCAUAUUGUAUCCAAAUAUUUUAUGAAAAGUAUCAAUAAAAUGGACUACGUUUUAGAAAUAAAA